ACCCAAGUAAUAUCCCAGCAUUUCUGGUUUUAAUAAACAUAACAGUAAAAGUGCGACAACCUCCAACAAUUAAAGAUAACAAUGCUAUUAUAGUAGUCGCAUUUACAGAUUAUGUAGAUCAAGACUCAUUUACUAUUGAAAUAAACUGUCACUACUUGGCAUCUGCACCACAUUUAAUACAAAUAACUCCUACUAUAAAAAAGAAUUUCAUUCUUUUUAUUUGUGGAGAAUUCAUUUCACACAACAAUAAUAAUUAUAUACAUGUCAGAAGUAUGUCUUUUUUGGAUCAACAAAAGACAUUAUUAAACCUCGUAAACAUUCCAUGGAAAACAGAAACAUCAAAUGAAACGAUGAAAUCUCAAAGUAUCACUGAAAGAAUAGCCGCAAGAGUUAACGCAAAUAAUAAAAGUGAAGAAUCACCAUCUGUGAGUAAAACCUCAUACAUAAACAAAACAUCAUCAACAAAUAAUAACCCUAACACCACUGUCUCUAAAAAUAAAAAAAACCAUCCACAAUUAAUAAAACAAUAA